CAUGUCGUUGGCAAUACUAGAAGGUUUAUUUAUUUGAGGAGCUCUUAUUUAUUCUCUUCUUUCCUCUUGCUCCGAUUCCUCUUUGUCUCUUCCUUUCUUCUGUUCCAUUUCAACGGCCUCUUGAGUUCGCGAGGCUCUCUGGUCCAUUUCUGUUCCAAGUGUUUCCCCUCCAUUUUCGUGUGUUUUGUGUUCCGAUUUGCUACUCUCUAUCGAGUCAUGUGGACCCAAUAUAUCAAGGCAUGAAUUUUGACGUAUGAACAAUCUGACGAUUUCCAGAAUUGGUCCAGGAACCAGCAUCCCAGUUAUCCUCUCAUCAUUGAUGAGAGGAGAGGAGAAACAGCCGCAGUCAUCAUCAUCCUUGUCUUCAAGUGCUUCUUUGUGGUUGCUUCCAUCCUUCUCUGACUGACUAACUGACUGACUCACUCGUUCACUCCCUCACUCCCUCACUCACUCGGUGAAUGACGGACUUCACUGAAUUGCGGUGAAAGUGAUGAUGAUGAUAGUAAAAGUUGAACACUGAACCAGAAGAAGAACAACAGCGAGAAUUAGAAGUUUCAUGAAAGUGAGGUGGUGCCGUCGUCGUCGUCGUUGCUGUUGUUGUCAUCGUUAUCACUCUGAAAGUUCGUUCUCGAAAGCCAUGACCAAUGACAACCAGUGACUCCAACAAUCCAAUUUUUAUUAUCAUUAAUGAUAAUAAAUAGUCGAGGCACCAUCAAAAAUAAGUAGCAGACAGGUGCUUUUCCCAACUCUUCUGGCAGUGUUUGCGUGGAUGGGGCUUCUAUGAUUGGUUCCAUGGUCCAAUUUGGGAACGAGAGCAAACAAAAUGUGGUUGCCAUGGUCUCACUAGUCAAACCUGACCAUCUUUCUAAAAGCGAAGCCACGAUCAGUCAUUUCAUUGAACACAUAAAUCAGAACAAUCGUCAUCACAACAAAGGUCCGAGAAUGAACCAACAAAACCGCCAGAGUGGAUCACUCCAUCACAUCUUCCUGAUAUUCCUCCUCACAUCCACGUGGUGGCGAUCCACACUCGCCCUCCAAGCCCAAGGGGACCACUCAAGGAGGCAGCAGAAUCUUGGACAGUGGGACGACCGACCCCUGAGACGGUCUUCGAAUCUUAGUAGCAUAGAGGCUCACAAGCACAUGUCCUUAGAUGAGCUUAGAAGAAUAUUUCAAGUGGAACAUCUCAACGAGGUUCCCGACUAUGAAAUCGUUAAAAUUCAUUCAGUACGUCACUUCAAACGCGAUUCGACAAAUCCAUCGCAUCGCGUCAAUCUCGAGACCCAUGGGCGGCGAUUGCAGCUCGAUUUGGACCGGGUCCACCAUCUCGUGUCACCGAGGAAGCCCGUGGAGGCGUGGUUUGCCGAUGCCGCACCCGCAGUCAACGUCACCUACACACCCACUCCUCCCGACGAGGAAGACAUUGGCGAUGUGUACCAAGAUGAAAUCAAUCAAGCGGCCAUGCUGUUGUACAAAGAUCGCGAUGAUGACGCACUCCUGAUGGAUGGUACCAUUGGCGACGAAUUGGUGGUGAAGCCCAUAUCAUCCGAGGUGCGUCGAAUCCUAGCCCGAAGAGGCUACGACCGAGGCCAAGAUGAGGGUGAUCUGGACUCUCAGGGUUCGUCCCUGAUGGACGAUUAUCUGUGGCCAACAUUCCAAAACGACGACACGAGCGGCUCCAAAGCCCCAAAGGAACUCCACGAUGAUUACGCCUUCUUGGACGAGGAUGACGAAGAAUUGGAGGAUGAGGACGUAAAGAUUCGAAGUCCCAAUCGAGUGCCUUUGUGGCGAAAUUCUCGAAGGAGUCGGCGCUCUGAGACUCCGGAAAGCGACGUGAAUGCCGACCUGCAUAUUGUCUACAAGCGUAAGGAUUCGCACUUGGAUCAUGAAAGCGAUUUUCAUUAUAUGGAAACGGACAAUUUUCCAACCCGAAGCAAAGAUGCCAAAUCGAGGCGAAAGCGACAAGCACCCUACAUGAUAUUCCCCGAGAUUCUUUGCAUCGUGGACUAUGAUGGCUACAGGUUACACGGGAAGGACAAUAUCGCAAUCAAGCGGUAUGUCAUCUCGUUUUGGAACGGCAUCGAUCUCAGGUACAAGCUUCUCAAGGGUCCGAGUGUGAAAAUCUCCAUCGCCGGGAUCAUCAUAUCUCGGGGACGCGAUGCCACACCCUAUCUCGAGAGGAACCGGGUGGGCCGAGAUGCCAUCGACUCGGCCUCCGCCCUCACCGACAUGGGCAAAUAUCUCUUUCUGGAGCGGAGACUACCCGUUUACGACAUUGCCGUGGCCAUUACCAAAUUGGACAUGUGUCGACGCAAAAGUCGUCUGGGGGAAUGUAAUCGCGGCACGGCGGGUUUUGCUUACGUCGGAGGAGCCUGUGUGGUAAACAAACGAUUGGAGAAGGUGAACUCGGUGGCCAUUGUGGAGGAUACCGGAGGCUUUUCGGGCAUUAUCGUCGCCGCCCAUGAGUUGGGACAUUUGCUCGGAGCAGUGCAUGACGGAUCGCCACCCCCCUCGUAUUUGGGCGGACCAGGAGCGAACAAAUGCCGAUGGGAGGACGGUUUCAUCAUGAGUGAUUUGCGACACACUUCCAAAGGCUUCAGGUGGUCGCAUUGCACCGUCAAGCAAUUUCAUCACUUCCUCAAUGGGGAAACGGCUACCUGUAUGUACAAUAGUCCACAUGAGGAGGAACCCUUGCCGAGAGUGUUGCCGGGGAAACUGCUCUCGUUGGACGCCCAGUGUCGCAAAGACCGUGGAACCAGUGCGUGUUUCAAGGAUGACCGCGUGUGCGCCCAACUCUUCUGCUUCGAUGCCGCAUCCGGCUAUUGCGUGUCCUACCGACCCGCUGCGGAAGGGUCACGGUGUGGUGAUGGAUUUAUGUGUUUGAAUGGCAAGUGCGUGCUCGAGCACGAGAACUCAGUGGACUACGCUGGUGACGGUUUCCUGAGGCGAUCAAGUGAGGGGUCGAAUUCGAUUUACAGCGAGGCUCCCUCGAACCAGUCAUCGAGGAAAUGGUGGCAUAAACUCGACGACAAGUCAAGUAGCUCGUCCUCUACCACCACCACCUCUACUACCACUACCACAACAACACGUACUACCACCACUACCACCACCACCACCACCACCACCACCACCUCUGCCACGGAAACGCGCACCUCUACCUCUAGUAAUGCCUCUGAUUCGGCCUCCUCUGGUGAAGAGGAGGGCGUGUCCGUCGUACUCGGCGUCACUCCCUCUUCCAAGUCUCGCUCGAAGCAUAUCGAGGCCAGUCCUUCAACCCUAUCUUCCACUACAGAGCCGUCCUCCUCUGAAUCUCCUAGUCAAGGCUCAGAGAACACGUCCCCUUCCACCCCAGCCACCACCACCCGCAUCCCAUGGUGGCGUCGCAUUAAGAAACGCCCAACCCCCCGCCCCCUUAAGCUCUCCACCCCCUCCCCGUCUAAGCAACGACGGAAACCGAAGCGUCAAAACUCUGAGCAGGAGAACGACGAUAUCGACGAGGACGAUGUUGAUGAUGAGAACCUAAAGACGGAGGAUGAAAGUCCCGCCAAAAAGCAGGCGGGUUCAAAUAAUAAAUCUGAGAGCCCCACAUCCAAUGCGAAGGAUGACGUUGAGACCAGUGAAGAGUCCGACGGAUGCGAAGACCGCAUAAAUAACAUUGCCGGAUCGCUAUCGUGUCGGGCGUUCCUCCGGAGUUUUGCGUACCAGUAUUGUCGCCACAAGUAUAUCCAGGAGAAUUGCUGCGCCUCACACAAAGUGUUUUGCAAGGGUGCCAGAUCAAGAUUGGGAUGAUGAAUGAUAGCAUAUCUCUGAUGGCCCUCGUGUCCUCUGUCUCGCCCUCAUCAUUGCCCUCAGUUGAUCUCCAAGAGCUUUUACUGACUGAUUUGAAUUGAACGGAGCACAUUUGUUGUCGACCUCACAUCAUAGUUCGUUCGCCUAUGGUUCUCUCCGUAUUCACUACUCACUAAUCGGGGCUCAAAGCGAUCCACAAUGUCCCAGCUAUUAUUUUCAUUAUUACUAUCAUUACUCCUCCUCGUACUCCUUUACUCUCGAAAUGCCAUACAUUGAGACACACCCAAACAUACAUUUAAGUACACGCCCACACGUACACACCCACAUUUGUGUGCCUGAUUCUUCCAGGCAUGAAGGAAGCGACUAUUACACUACUACUAUUUCUUCGACAAGAACAAGAAUAUUAAAAGUCAAUUCAUGUUUGCUACAACAAAAACAGGACUAAACCAAUGGUCAUUCACGUGUGCCAAGGGUUGGAACGAUACCAAGCAUUAUCGGGUCCCUCCCACCCCUACGCAUUUCUUCAUCAUGACAACCAUGGUUCUGUUUGAGUCCAUGAAAUCUUGAAGUUGCACCCAAUGUGCCAAUGCGCCUCCUCGUUCAUGGUGAACCACUCGAUUUUGUGGUACACAAGAUUGGCACACAUCCAGCCAAUCAUAAUGUCCCCGCUCCUCCCCGCCCUCUUCCCUCCCUCCUUAUUCCGACAAAACGCCCCAUUCUCGAAAGACUAGGGGAAGACUGUCACUCCCAUUCCCCUACACAAUCAAAAUUCCUAAUCACGCCUAUCCUGGUUCCACCCCCUCGGUCCACCCCGCCCUUCUCUCCUUGACUAGAUGUCCCCUUUUCCUUUCCUUUGAAGACGUGCUGCGACGACCUAUGAAUUGUUCCCAAAAGUAUUAAUUUCGUUUCUCUCUCGAGGCACACCACCAACAGAAGGUGCCUGCAUAUAUUCUGUGAUAUUUAUGCCUAUAUAUUUAUGUAGAUGAGUAGCAAACAUAGGUUACCAUCCAAGUGGGACACUAUGAAGCCUUUAGGUGAUCAUGUCACCGAUUAAAUCUAUUGAAUCCGUGUCCUUUGAAUUUGGAUCCAGCUUGGACAAAGACCCGCCCUUACCUAGACCCCUUUCCUUCAUCUAUCAAAUCCUUAACCUCAGCAGUAUCUACACAUCAUCCUACGUUCUACCUUCAAUCUUUUCUUUUUUUUAAACAUAUCUCUAUGUCUCUGUAUUCUCUUUCUUCUGUGCAAAUAAAUGAAAUGGUCCAAAACGUGGUUCCUUUCUUUCAAGCUUCUCAAGGAUGAAAAGUUUCCCCAUAAUUGAACAUCAGGGUUUUUUCCGGGUCUCAACAAGCCAAUCUUGACAAGUUUUGUGGUAAUCCUCCAAAUGGUUUCGGUAUAAAAGAGCGCCACCCAAGUUCGGCAUUAUUCAGUUCCAUCUUGAUUCCUAACCUGGAGGUUUAUUAAGCUCCAUGGAAUAUAGCCUACUACUCUCUGGACGAAUAACCAACUGCUUGCUUUUCAUAUUGAUCUUUGUCGUCACCUAUUCUGAGGGUGUGGGCAUCGGAUUGGGUAAAUCAAUCCGAACCCUCGUCAAGAAUGACUUCUAUCAUCCCAACCCUAAACUUUCAAGCCAUAUCCGAUUUGUCAAAUACAAUAGCGAAGAGCCCACUCUUGGGCAACAUGUUCUCCAAGAACAAGAAGGGUUCCAAAUCGAGGAAGGUUCGGACGAAGAAGGCCGAGUCAUCUACCUCGAACGCUACCCCUUCGACCAAAACACGGAUCGAAGAGUCCACAUCCGAUAUGAUUACCAACCUUCCGCCAAGGGCCAGGAGGCUAUCGAGACGAAUCAAGGGCAAAAUCACCGGAUAAGGUAUCUCAAUAGCAUCAUUGACGAUCACCAACGAGCCGACGCGUUGAGACGAAAGGAGUUGCUCGACUUCAAUAGUCAGAAUGUGGAAUCCCCCCAAUUCCUCCGAGUUGGACCCCAACCUGUGCCGAUCGUUUUGAAGCAGCCCCAAAGUGAAAGUGAUAAUAUCGUUUUAAGCAGAUACAGAUUUCCGCUGGACCCACCGCCUAUUGACAAAGAGGGACCCUAUGAUCAUUUCCCAAUCUCCACCAACAAAGGUGCCUUUGAAAAGCAAAUCCCUCCAAUGCUGACAAGAUACUACGGCUAAUUGGUCAACUUGUAUUUCUUCAUAUCUAUUCUCCCUACUCUCUCUCCAAAUAAUUGUACAUUGUGCUUUAAUUGAUGAAAAUAUGUAUGUGUGUUAAUACAA